AUGGACAAUUCUAGCUCCAAAAACAUGGACGAUCUCGCAUCAUUGUUCUUACCAGAUAUCUUGCACCCGAUGCAAGCUACCCCAGGAGGGAGUGCUACCGGUACAACCACUAAAUUUGAUACUUUAAGUGCCGAUUUUAACUUAUUGAAUAGAGAUACUGAUUCCAAUACAUCACCGACUAAUGCCAAUGUGACAUCUCAGAAUAAUCCUGCUACUUUUACGGACUUUCUUCAUAAUAAUAACUUUAUAAACAAUACGGCAUCAUCUAAUUCACAAUUUAUAAAUCAACUGUUAAAUUCACCUAUGCCUAACUCCACUAUAGGGACACCUCUUGGACAUUCUCAUCAUUAUAAUCCAUACAUGCCCUUUGAACCAACAGCUUCAUUAAUUCAUCAUUAUCAAUAUCAACAACAAUUAAUGGGAUCAGGUUAUCCUCAAUAUUAUCAAAACCAGGCCAUACCACCGCCUCCACCACCUCAAUCAUCAUCAUCAACUCAACUCCAACUGAAUCAACCAUCUCAACAACAUAUCACUUCUGCCAAUGCUUAUAUGAAUACAUACCCCUAUUCCAAGACACCUAGUUCCGAAUGGUAUGAUGGGUUCUUAGCCAAUUCCAACAGUAAUAGUAAUACUAACUUGUAUAAUCAGAGUGUUCAGGGGUAUGACCAAUCAGCUAUUCCACAACAACAGCAACAACAACAACCAACACAAAUACCACAACAACAACAGCAACAACAAAACCAGUUUUUACAGCCAUCCCAAACGCCUCAGACUGAUGGAAUUCCUCAGCAAACUGACUAUACUCCAGUUAUUCCUAAAAAGAAGAAAGUCAAAGCUAAGAAGAUUAAGGAUCUCAAGAGUUCUGAAUAUGAAAUCGAUUAUAAGCCCAACAAGUUACGACAACUAUUGGAUUUAAAGAAAGUAGACAAUACCAGUAAAAGGAAAGAUUAUAAGAUUGUUGAUAAAGAUAAUAAUAAUGUGAAUAUUGAUUUCAAUGGAUUUUUAAAUGGACGAUUUAUAACUAAUGAUAAUGAUAAUAUCUAUUAUUUACUUACUAAGAAAAAGGGAGAUGCUGAAGAUAUAACCAACAGUCCUGAUUUAAAGGAAUCUAUAAAGGAAGAUCCUAAAGUUAUAUCAUGUUAUCGUAGAAAUUAUAUUCAAAUUGCUAUUAAUAUGAAUAUUAACGGAUUUAAGAAUAAAUCCAAAUUACUUAAAUUACAAACAAGUGAAUAUGGUUAUACUAUAACUCGAGUUAUUAAAUAUUUUAAGAUUGAAAUCUCGGCCAAUAUAUCUAAUAAGGGGAAUGUUCCAAUAUUUAUUAAGGGUAAACCAGAUAAGAAAUUAACUCCUCAACAACAAGCUAAUUUAGCAGCAGGAGGACUUAAUACUCAUGAGAAUAAAGAUGAUAUAGUUCAACCAACUUAUAUAAAUUCUCGUGAACAUAUUGUAAUACUUAAUGAUGAAGCAGAAAUUGAUAAUGGACAAAUUGAUAAAUAUUUUAUUGUUAAAAAGAUACAAUUUAAGAAUGCUACUCCUAAUAAUGGGAAUCUUGCCUUUCAAAAUUAUUAUCAUUUUAAUGUAAAAUUUAGUUGUGUAGUAGCAGAUUUAUAUUAUGAUGAUUAUGUUGAUGAUGAAUUAAAUAAUGGAUUAAAUGGUAAUUCUAAUGGUCAAAAUCCUACUAAUGGAGCUGGAGGUGAUACUAAUGAAAUUGUAUUAUUCGAAUUAGUUAGUGAACCUAUAACUGUAAGAGGUAGAAAUCCAAGUUUUUAUGCUGAACGGAAAGAUAUUACUAUUAAGGGAAGAUCAAUAUCAUCAAAGAAAUCCUUUAAGAAAUCUCGGAAAGUUUCAUCUAAUAAUAUCUUGAGUAAUGAUGAAGAAGAAGAAGAUUAUGAUUAUCAGGCAGAAGAUCUUCGAGAUCAUGAAGCCGAUGAUUUGGAUGAAGAAGAAGAAGAAGAUUCAACAACUCUUCAUGGUCAUCGAGAUCGAGAUCGAGAUCGUGAUCAUUCUCCAUCCUCAUCAGGUGAUGAAGACUCUAAUACUGAACAAGGUAAUGAUAAUACGUAUACCACAACUCAAUCAGCCCUUGAUUUAAAAUCUGUCAAUCGUUACAAAUACUUCCCCAUCUCUAAUGUAUACUAUUUACCACCUAUUAAUGUGGUAUAUUUCCCUCAUCGAGCUCAUCAGUAUCAACAAGGACAAAUUGAAGAUGUUUCUAAUCAGGAUGAUGCUUCACUUAAUGAAAGAAGAAAGAGUUCGAAUGUAUACUUCAAGUAAUUGUAUUAUAUAGCAAAUUU